CCUUCAUAUUUUAAUAUUUCCAUGAUACUACACGCUCUAUUUUUGCUAGUCCUCUCGGCCACUGCGCUGGCAAAGCAUGUUGUGGUUGACUGGGAUGUCACCUAUGUUUACAUGAUGCGCGAUGGAAUCAACUACAGGCGGUCGAUUGGCGUCAAUGGCCAGUCCCCAAUCCCGCCUGUAUAUGCAACUCGCGGCGACACUCUCAUCCUCAACGUGCACAAUUCGCUGAAUGUAACCACCACGAUCCAUGCACACGGCCUGUUCAUGCGCGGCAUGUCUUACAUGGACGGGCCGGCAAUGACUAACCAGUGCGGAAUCCCGCCUGGUGAGUCGUUCACAUAUGAGUAUCACCUCGAGCAGGCGGGCACGUUCUGGAUCCACGGCCACGACCACGAUCAUAGCGCCGACGGGCUGCGCACUGCAUUUGUUAUUUAUGACAAGGAGCCGCCGUACAAGUACGAUGCAGAGCAUCUGUUUACUUUUGAGGACUGGUUUGUAGGAAAAUUUACCGAGCGUGCUGAGCUGGUUUCUAGUCCAACAAUGCCAUAUCCACCGCCGCAUACCGUCGGGUUUGGCCUGAUUAACGGCUACAACGGCAACACCACGAAACCAAUCAAGUUUGAGCCGAAGAAGACGUACCGCAUCCGCCUUAUUAAUAUGUCUAGCACCUACUGGUACUACUUCCAGAUCCCCGGCCACAAGCUGCGCGUUAUUGAAUUUGAUGGCGUGCAGCUGGCACCUGCCAUGCGCUACUCGGUUCUGGUCACUGCACAUGACUCGGACGAGCUCAACUACUACUAUAAGGUCAAGAUGUACGCAGACUUUAUUCCAACGUCACCAGGUGAGAACCCGCGGUUUUACUCAGGUCUAGUUGAGUACAAGCAGGAUUCGCCGGUCAAAGAGCUCCCUGACAUUGAUGAUAGCAAGCUGAUAUGGGUCGAGGAUAUCAAAAUGACAGCACUCGAUAAGCAGCCGCCACUGCCAGUAGACCGCUCGCUGUAUCUGUGGCUUGGUAACAACCUCUUAUCCACAGGUCAGCGCCUGGACCACAUCAACAAUAUCACAUACUACGCACCGCUGGUUCCCUCCCUGUUCACCGCAAUGACCACUGGCGACCUGGCAAUGAACCCUGACGUCUACAAUAACCGGACACAUCCAGUGGUGCUAAAGCACAAUGAGGUCACCGAGUAUGGUCCGUCGCUAGAUGGCUUCACAUCUGGUAACACAUUCUCUCCGCUUCGUGACGUUAUACAAAUUCCGUCAUUCUCGUACGUAAAAAUCAGGUUCCGCGCUGACAACCCAGGUGUCUGGUUGUACCACUGCCAUGUCAAUGUCCACGGCAGCCCUGAGAGUCUGCGGAUGCUCAUGACGUUCGUUGAAGCCCCUGACGUUCUGCAGAAGACGCAGACGCUUCCCAAGAAGCUUAUUAGGCACUGUGAGAUGAGCGGAAUCAAGGCAUCUGGAAAUGCUGCUGGCAAUACUGGGCUUGAUAUGGCAGGGUUGUCCCCUGUUCCAUACAUUGUUUCCAAAUCCAUUAGAAAACAAGAGUAGCUUCACUGAAAUAAACCCA